UCAACGGAGGAAGUGAAUGUGUGUUGUUUCUCUCCGUUGCAUCGCGUUUUUCUUCAUCGUCGCGGUUUAUAUUAAAUUUUCUUCGAGGAUCUUUAGUUUAUUUCUUUAUUCUUUUUUUUUAUUUUUUCUAUAUCACUCUGUCUCUAUUUUUAAUCUUUCUAAUUCAUCAUAUUAGUGAAUAUAUAACAAAAGGUGCUUACGUGAGUUAACUAUAUCAAAACUGUUAUUGGUUUCUAUUGUGAGGUUUUUUUGUAAAUAAAUAAAUCGUUCCUUGUGAAGAAGAUAAAGAAGAAGUAAAAGAAGAAAUCAAAAUGAGUGGAAGAACGACAAAGAUGGUUCUAUUAAUUGCUUUGAUCGUUUUUUAUACGACUACGUUCGUUAACGGCGCCGGCUUAAAAUGUGACGCUGUCAGGCCGGAUUUUGAAGCGCAGGGCUUUCCACCAAGUGACAUACCAAAGGAACCAAUUUCAUCGAAGGAAUUAAAAAUAUGCGGUGGAAUAAGCAGCGGCGGUGAAGUUUGUUGUUCGGCUGACAUGGAGCUACGAUUACAAGCAAAGGCCCGAGACAAGCACGAGAAAGCAACCAGGGAUACCCUUCAGCGACUGCAUCAGCUCUUGUCCACUCGUGGAAAUAGAUUUCACACCUUUUUCAAGGAGCUCUUAGCAACCAGUAAGAAAGGCUUUCACGAGAUGUUCAAGAAAACUUACGGAAUUUUGUAUGAACAAAACUCUUACGUAUUCACGGAUCUCUUCAAGGAACUUGAGAAUUAUUAUGCUAAAGGAACAGUCGAUCUCGACGACACGAUGUAUAAUUUCUUCAACACGCUUUAUCAAAAAAUGUUUACUGUAUUAAACAGUCAAUAUAAAUUUGACAAUAAAUACUUGGAAUGUGUUGGUGAACAUAUGAAAGAAAUGAGGCCGUUCGGUGAUGUACCACAAAAACUGAGCGUUCAGAUUAAAAGAUCUUUUGUUUCUACAAGAGCUUUUAGUCAGGCACUUACUGUUGCUGCAGAUGUUCUAAAAAAUAUGCAAACGUUGAAAUCAUCACCAGAAUGUGCAUCAGCGUUGACAAGAAUGACAGCUUGUCUCUCGUGUAGCGGGAUCGCAGGCAAGGUGUUAGCUUGCGGCGACAUGUGUGCGAACGUAAUGAAGGGUUGUUUAGCUCAGCACGUGGCGCUUGAUGGGGAAUGGAAUCAGUUCGUUGAGGCAUUUGACAAAGUGGCAGAUCGUUUGUUGGGUCCAUUCAAUAUAGAAAUGUUGAUGAAACCAAUAAACUUGAAAAUAUCCGAAGCGAUAAUGAACUUCCAAGAGAGCAGUAGCGAUGUUUCGCAAAGGAUAUUCACAGGAUGUGGUCGUCCUGUGUUGGGUAGACGAAGAAGAAGAGAUAACAGAGAACUCGAACUUGAGUCAUUGAACUUUGAUCAGGAAACAUCAGGUGAGGAUCGUUCCUCGACUGCUGCGAUACUGGACAAGCUCGUCAAGGAGAUAAGACAGAGGGUAAGAGACUCUCGACAGUUCUGGGUCUACCUACCCUAUCAGUUAUGCAACGAUGGUUUGGUACAACCACCUAGCAAUACUAAGGAAUGUUGGAAUGGUACUCACGUUGAUAAAUAUAUCUAUCCAGUAUCUUCGGAUGGAGAGACGCAACCAUUAAAUCCAGAAGUACGAAGUAGCGGACCAAGACCAACGAUCGUGAGGGAUCAAAUUUUUGCUCUGACGACGAUCACGAACAGGCUUAGGUCAGCGUUUAAUGGUCAAGAUAUUGACUGGUUAGAUACAGAGGAAACGUACGGAUCCGGAAGUGGAUCAGGUGACGGUUCGGAAGGUAUAGACAACGAGGAUCAUUUCGUGGAAGGAUCAGGUUACGGUGGUGACCAUUCAUCACCAGAACAACCACCGAAUCAACCAACACCUAAUAGAGGUCCGGAAGAAGUACCACCAAGUGUAGAUGUUGAUACAACAUCAAACAAUGAUAACAACAAUACCAAGAAACAUGGCAAUACGACGGCCACAGCUGAUAGUGGAGCAACCAGGCAAAAAAUAUCUUUGUCACGAGCAUUGACGACGUACCUGGUGCCAAUAGUUGUCAUGUGGUUUGGUGGAUGUCUCACCGAGUGGCUGUGAUCAUACAUGGCUUUAUUAUAAUCGAGCAGUGUACUACAGUGUAAAUAUCUCUUUUUAAGAGAAUAACAACAGUAACUCCUUUUCAUUCAACAAUCUAACAUCGACGAUCCUUGUAUUCGUCGUUGUUUUUAUUGUUGUCAUAGUUAUUGUCGUGAAAUUGAUAAGUUUAGUGAUCGAGAAAAAAAAAUGCCAUUUCUUUUUCGUUAUAUUAGCGAAAUUUUCAUCGACGAUAAUUACGAAGUGAGUUUUUAUAUAUAUUAUUAUAAAAAUAAGAAAAUAUACUAUACGAAG